AUGUUUUCGAUAACAUCGCUACUAGUUGAUUCGAAAACAGUUGUAUUUAUCUAUACAGAUGCACCGCCACAUCAUGGAACAACCGGCGGUUCUUCUCGAGCAAAAGAAGAAAAAGCGAUCAAAGAAAAAGAUUGGAUUCAACUGUGCAAACUGUAUCACCAAACAGGCUGUAAAAUAUUUUCAUUUAUCAAUACGUCAAGAUUCGAAAUAGCAUCAUUCUAUAUUCUUCUCAGUGCAUAUACACAAGGCAAAGCAUUACGUUUACGCCGUACUGACGUACAAACGAUUUCAAAAUGCACUAUCAAUCUAUUCUUAGGUUUAUGUAAUGCCGAAUACGAAGCAACAGAUUUAAUUGAAUGCUUAAAAUUCCCCACUAUUGAUUUGUCUGUUUUUCAUGAUGAAAACGAUGCAUGCUCUAAGAAUCGCCUAUAUUUACCUUGUCGGAUAUCUCGACCGCAUGAAAGAAUCGAAGCUGUAUCAUUUUCUGUGGACCCAAUCGAAUUUAUGAAAGUCGAUUUACGAUUUAUGUUGGCUAAAUUCGAAAAUGAUGACCAAUAUAAAUCAGUUGUCUAUGAAACAUUUAACUCAUUGAUGGUUCCACAACACAUUGUUGCCUUAACAUACAACAGUGUAUUGGGCUUACUAUGGCGUUCAGUUUGUGGAAAAAGAAAAGAUACACAUCGAGAUCAACUAGUAGCGAUGUUAUCGAAAACAUUAAAUAUAAUGGCGAUAGAUACAGCCUUGAAAAAUGACGCCGACAUUGUUCGAGCUUGGGUAGAAGAAAGUUACAAUUCUAAAGAAAGCAUCCUAGUUACCAUUGCCGAAGUUAAAGAACACGUUCCAGCUCUCGUAUUAACAUUGGAUAGAAAAAUGAGCAAAACUGAAUUAUUGGAAAUUACACGAUCAUGCAGUCCGCAAACAAUACGUAAUGUCAUGUCGUUAUUAAAUCAUCUUACUGUUGUGAACGAUCUUGAAAAUCUACCAGAAAAUUAUUUACCAUUGAAUAUGAAUGAUGAUGAUUUAUUUCAACUGUUGCCGCAUCUUUUAGCAGAAGGUUUGAUAUUUUCAUUGCGUCCAGCGGCCAUCAUAGCAAUGCUUUGUAUAUUAUCAAAGAAUGGUAUACUUCACCAACGAGCCACGCAAUUUUUAACAAGCAUCAAAGGCAAAUGGAUUGAUUUCGAACAAACGGAAAAUUAUACCUAUAAUCUAUGUAAAAUUUGUGUUCAAUUACUACAAUUUUUUACUGAAGAAGAGCAGUCAUUUUUCAAAAAGCUCUACAUUGUCGGUGGAAUAAAAAUAAAUGCUAGUACACGUAUAAAUAUCGAACAACCGUUCACGCCAACAGUGAAAACUGUACGUCAUGAUACGAAAAUUUGCUGUAAAACAUGUAAUAUUCUUCGAUCGACUACAUUGUAUCCAGAUAUCGGAAAAAGUUCUUGUGCAUUGUGCUUGCCAGAAAACGAUCUCCAGAAUUUACCCGAACCGUGUUCAGAAGAAAUGUCGCAUUUAGUCGAAUGCAAAAAGUGUAGUUGUCUAUAUGCCAUUGUUCAAUAUGAAAAACUAUCUUCAUCGCCGAAAUGCUAUUAUUGUCGAGAUUUAGGCAGAGAUGCACCCUAUCGUCGUUGCACGGGAUGUCAAAAUAAAUAUGUUCAUUAUGACUCGACUAAACUAAUACCAAUGCCCGGUGAAGAAUAUACAUUUCUAUGUGCUGAAUGUCAACAUUCGGCGAAUAACCGAGCUACAAGCAAUGGCGAAGUUUCAAUCAGUGCAUUAAUCAAUGAAAAUAAAAAAAUUCUAUUCAAAUAUUUGAAUAUUAACGUAAAAGAUGAUAUUGAUAUAUUUUCACGCGAUUGGUCACUAUUCAAACUACGAGAUAAAGUCGAAUUACUAAGAUCAAAGAUUGUUAAUUCGACUCCGCAAUCGACUUCUUCAGUGGUAUUAACUUUUAAAAAUAAGCUAAUAUUCGAUCCAGCGGCUGUGUUUAGUCAGAUUCGAUCAUGGAUACGAAGUGGUAGAUCCGAAAUCGUAACAUGCUAUAUAUGCUGUGAUGAUAUUCCACGUGAUAGAAUGAAUGCUACUUGCAGUAAUAAAUUGUGUCUUGCUGAAGCAUGUGCUGAAUGUUUAACAAAAUGGUAUGAAGUCGUUCAACCAGGCGGUAUUGUAUUAAUUGCACAUCUAUCAUGUCCAUUCUGUAAACAUGCACCCAAUGGAAAUAUUCUUAAACGAUACAAUAAACAAGCUUGCACAAUUCUGAGAUCGGAUAAGAAAAAUGAUUACGAUGAACAUUGGUAUUACGGUUGGUGUUUGGAUUGCUAUAAAAUUAAAAAGGCACAAGAAAAAGUUUGCAUGGCUGAUGGUGAAAUUCCUCAAUUAGAAGACUUUGUCUGUAAUGAAUGUGAUGAAAAACGUAAACCUUCAAUACCAAUCGAUGUUAAAUAUUGUCCAGGUAUAAACCAGACCACGAACAAUGUCUGUGGUGUGGCUGUCAGUAAAAAUGGAGGGUGUAAUCAUAUAACGUGUAGUGCAUGUAAUUCACAUUGGUGUUGGCUAUGUGUUACAACAUAUAAACGUAUCUAUGAACAUUUGAUGGCAGCUCAUGGAAAUUUCGGUUUUGAAAUCGACGGUCAUGAAAAUUUUUUUGAUGACUAUUAUGAUUAA